AUGGAGGUUAUUGAUGGUGAUUUGGACCUAAGGAUUGAUCAAUUGAACCAGAAAAUUGAUGGUAUCAUUGAUCCUGCUAAUCUAAGAGCUCAAGUGGAAAAUGUUGGUGGUGUUUCAAAAGCCCUAAGUUUCGAUGAGUUAUCAAAAUUACAGCAACGAGAUUAUGAAAUAACUCAAGAAUUACAACAAUUGAGAGAAUUAUGGGUCAUCUCUACUUUAUUAAAGGAAACUGAAGUUAAUCUUGAGCUUUUUGAAUUUGAAAAUGUAUUUGAUUCAUUGAGAAAUUUCCAAAAGAAGAUUAAAUCUGAUUCGUUAACUUCAAGUUUAAUUAUUGUUGAUAAGUUACAAAAUGAACAUGAUCGUUGUUAUGAUUUAGCGAUUGAGAAAAUAAAACAAUGUUGGAAUGAAUUGAUCCAUGUUGAUAAUGAUUCAAUUGAAUUCAAUGCAGAAGUGGAGAUAAAUGGGAAUCUUGUUCAAUUUGAAAAUAUAUCUGAUGUUAUCAAAACUAACAAUUUGCAAACCAAAAUACCAAAUUCAAAUACUUCUCAUCUCAUAGAUCAAAAACUACUCAACUCCCUGACAGAAUCAAAAUCAUUAAAUCUAUCUGAUAACAAGAUCUCCAUCAAUAAUGACCAUGAAUCAAUUCAAGAUCAGAUCCAAUCAAUUAGCAACCUAGUAAAGUUCAUCAGUUUUAUUCCAGAUGAUCAACAAAUAAUAAACUACAUAUCACCAAGAUUCUUUGAAUGGUUGAAAGAAUUAAUCACAAUUAAUAUUGAUCUAGUUUAUUCAGACAAAUCAUUACAAAAUCAGUUUUUGGAACUUGAUUCAAUGCUAAAAUCUCAAAAUUUCAAAAGAAACGAUUUACAAAAUUGGAUAAAGAAUGAAUUAAAUGAGAUUGCAGUGGAAAACUAUCUGGAUUUACAUAUUGAUCAAGCCAGAAAAUUGGUUUAUUCAUUAGACAAAUCAGUUUUCCAAAACUUGAUGACUAGAGAAUAUAAAGAGUCUGUUGAGUCUAAACCUGCUCCAAAAGCUGAACCUGUUCCUCAGCCUCCUGUUGAUGAGCCUGAGGAUGAUUGGGGAUGGAAUGAUGAGGAUAUUAAUGUUGAUGACGAUCAGGAUCCUCAACAAGAGGAAGUUCAAGAUGAUUGGGGCUGGGAUGAUGAUGAAGAAGAACAACCAAAACCUAAAAAGAAACUCGUUUCCAAGUUGGCAAAGAAAUCACAUAGUAAUGAGCCAUCAAGGGAAUCAACUCCAAUACCGCAAACUUCAAUAACUUAUCAAACAACAAAACUACCUGAAGAGGUUAAUAAAAUCAUAAAAUCAUAUUUAUCAACACAAUCAAAAUUACCAUCACAAUAUCAUGACUUGCAUUAUUCAAAAUUGAAUUAUUUAAUAACGGGGUUUUACAUAUUGAUUUCUCAAGAAUUUAAAACUCGUACUAAAUCAUCACUCUUAUUAUAUAAUGAUUUAACAUAUUUGAAUCAGUUAUCCAAAUUUUCAAGAAUAGUGGAAUUGAAAGAACAAUAUUUAUCAAAUUAUAUCAAAGAUUUCCAAAAUGAUAUAGAUGAACAUUAUUCAAAAUUACAAGGUCUAGAUCCUUCAAUCUCAUCUAAUGAAACUUAUAAAAUCAUUGAUGAUAUCCAAUUAAUCUUCACAAUGUUUUUCAAAAAAUUGGAAAUUAUACCAUCAUCUAAAUAUCAAGAGAUUUUAUAUUCCGCCAUUGAAUCAUUUUAUAAUCAAAUUAUUGAAUCUGUCUUUGCCAAAACCAAUAUUGGUGAGAUUGAAAGUGAAUAUUUGAAUUUGAUCUUGACAAGAUUUUUACAAUUGAAAUUUCCCGUGGAUCAUAACAAGUUGAAAAAUCAUUCAAAAUUACAACAUGUUGCAUUUAUUGUGAAUUCACAUUUAAAAGAUAUCAUGGAAAGUUUUUAUAAUGCUGAGUUUUAUGACUUGUCUACGAUGGAACUCAUUGCAUUGAUUGAUAAGUUGUUUGCUGAUAGUGAUUUGAAAAGAAGAAGUAUUGAAGAUAUCAGAGAGAUUAGAGAAGCUGAUUAG